AUGAUAGUCUCAUUCCAUGUUGGUCUAAUCCUCGACACAGGAACACUGGUUGGAAAGAUGAGCCAGACAAGCAUCUCAAUGGCAAUCAAUGAUUUCUAUGCUGCAAACAGUAACUACACCACAAGGUUGGUCCUCCAUACCGAGGAUGGCAAAAAGAACGCCAUUGGAGCCACCUCUGCAGCUCUCAAGUUGUUAAGCAAUGUCAGAGUGCAGGCAAUCAUAGGUCCCCAAAAAUCUUCUCAGGCUGUGUUCCUAUCAGAUCUUGGGAACAAGAUUCAAGUCCCUAUUGUUUCUUUUUCAGCAACAAGCCCUUCUGUCUCCCCUGCCCGUGCAACAUAUUUUGUGCGUACAGCAUUUAAUGACUCUUCUCAGGUGAAUUCUAUAGCCUCAAUUAUUAAGGCCCUUGGAUGGCGGAGAGUCACCCUUGUCUAUGAGCACACUGAUUAUAGUGCAGGCACCGUGCCAUAUCUCAUCGACGCCCUACAAGAGAUUGAUGCUUAUGUACCCUACCACAGUGUCAUUCCUCUGUCAGCAACCGAUGACCAGAUAUUGGGGGAGUUAUACAAACUACAAACCAUGCAAACAAGGGUCUUCAUUGUGCACAUGGCACCGUUUCUUGGCACCAAUUUCUUUCUAAAGGCAAAUGAGGCAGGAAUGAUGACAGAAGGCUAUGUGUGGAUUAUAACAGAUGGAGUAACAAAUCUAUUAAAUUCCUUUGACCAAUCUAUAAUUGACUCGAUGCAAGGACUAUUAGGAGUCAGGCCUUAUGUACCAAAUACAAGAAAGCUGAAUGAAUUCACGAUUCGAUGGAAAAGAAAAUUCCAGCAGGAGCAUCCUGAUAUUGAGAAAGCAGAACUUAGCAUUUUUGCCCUGUGGGCAUAUGAUACAGUUUGUGCACUAGCAAUGGCUGCAGAGAGUGUUGGGAUCACAAAUUCUACCUUUUUGCGACCCCAGAUCACCAACAAUUCGAGCAUCUUGGAUAUGUUAGAAUUCUCUGAGACAGGUCCAGGUCUACUCAAGGCAAUCCGAGAUACCAAAUUCGAUGGCCUUAGUGGGGAACUCUGUCUCAUUGAUGGGAAAUCACAAUCAUCCACCUUUCAAAUAAUUAAUCAAGCUUUGCCAUAUGCAAUCCCUUACGAGUAUGUUCAUUAUGAAAAUGCCAGAGGGGACACUGCAGGAUCAUAUGAUGAACUUACAUACCAGGUCUGCCUUCAGAAUUAUGAUGCUGUGGCAGGAGACGUCACAAUUAUAGCCAACCGUUCGUUGUAUGUGGAUUUUACAUUGCCAUACACAGAAUCAGGAGUGGUUAUGAUUGUUCCAGUCAAAGAGGAUGCAAGGAAGAAUGCAUGGAUCUUCUUGAAGCCACUCACAGUGGACCUCUGGCUAGGGACCUUGGCCUUCUUUUUCUUUACAGGAUUUGUGCUCCAGCCAACUGUUACGGACAUAAAACAGCUUAUAAAAAAUGGUGACUAUGUUGGCUAUCAUCGGGGUUCCUUUGUGAAAGAGCUGCUGAUGCAGCUCCACUUUGAUGAGUCCAAGCUUAGAGACUUGGGAAGUUCUGAUCAAUAUGCAGAGGCACUCUCCAAAGGGAGCCACAAUAAUGGUGUAUCUGCUAUCUUCCAUGAGAUCCCAUACGUCAAGAGCUUCCUUGCAGAACACUGUAGCGGAUACACAAUGGUUGGACCAGUCUACAGGACUGCUGGGUUUGGAUUUGUCUUUGCCAAAGGUUCCCCAUUAGUCCCUGACGUAUCAAGGGCAGUCUUAAAUGUAACACAAGGGGAUAAAAUGGUGGAAAUAGAGAGGAAAUGGAUUGCGGAAAAUAGCAGCACAAAGGCAACGAAUGCUUUCCAUGUCGGAGUGGUUCUCGACUUGGGCACGUCGGUCGGGAAGACCGGCCGGACAAGCAUUUCCAUGGCAAUCGAAGAUUUCUAUGCCAAGCACAGCAACGGCACCACAAGGCUGGUUGUUCACACUCUAGAUUCCGACAACGAUGCUGUGCAAGCUGCAUCAGCAGCCCUGGACCUGCUGAAAAACAGAGAGGUGCAAAUCAUCAUAGGUCCCCAAAAAUCAUCACAGGCUGCUUUCGUCUCUGAUCUCGGCAACAAGAGUCAGGUCCCCAUCGUCACCUUCUCAGCAACAAGUCCUUCCCUCUCCUCCACUCGCACACCAUACCUUGUAAGGACAACAGUAAAUGAUUCUUGUCAGGUAAACAGCAUCGCCUCCAUUAUCAAGGCCUAUGGAUGGAGGGAGGUGGUACCCAUCUACGAGGACACCGACUACGGCAGGGGCAUCAUACCAUACCUCAUCGAUGCCCUCCAAGGGAUCGACAUCCGCAUCCCCUACCAUAGCAUGAUCCCUCUAUCAGCAACAAAUGAUGAAAUCAUGGAAGAGCUCUACAAAUUAAAGACCAUGCAAACCAGGGUAUUCAUCGUGCACAUGACGUCCCCUAUGGGUUCUCGCCUGUUUCCCAAGGCCAAGGUGGCAGGAAUGAUGAGCGAAGGGUACGUGUGGAUCAUGACGGAUGGGUUAGCAAACGUCAUGGAUUCUCUCGACCCGUCCGUCAUCGAUUCAAUGCAGGGUGCCCUGGGUGUGAAGCCAUACGUGCCCAAGUCGAGGGAGCUCCGUGAUUUCACAAUGAGAUGGAAGAGAAGAUUCCAGAAAGACAACCCCAGUGAUCAGCUAACCGAGCCGAGCACCUUUGGACUGUGGGCUUACGAUACAGUUUGGGCAAUGGCCAUGGCGGCGGAGAAGGUCGGGGUGGGAAAUGCUAGCUUCGAGAAGCCACAAAAUGCCACCGACUUGACGGACUUGGACACAGUGGGGAUUUCUAUGAAUGGUCCUAAACUUCUGAAAGCAAUUCUAGAGAGCAGAUUCAGAGGCAUCAGCGGCGAUUUCCAUCUGGUAGAUGGGCAGCUGCAGUCCUCCACAUUCCAAAUAAUCAAUGUGGUUGGAAGAGGAGGGAGAGGGGUUGGGUUUUGGACGCCACAGUAUGGAUUGUCGAAAGAGUUAAAUCAGAGUAUGACUAAGGCGUACUCGACCUUGAUGACCGAUCUGUAUCAUGCGAUCUGGCCGGGGGAAUCGACUGCAGUACCGAAGGGUUGGGAAAUGCCGGUAAGUGGGAAGAAACUAAGGAUUGGUGUUCCCGUGAGGGAUGAAAUUCGCGAAUUUAUAAACGUGGAGAGGGAUCCCAUAACAAAUAUAACGACGGUAAGUGGGUAUUGCAUCGACGUCUUCGAGGGUGCAAUACAGAGACUGCCUUAUGCGAUACCUCAUGAGUACGUCCCCCUCAAUGUCCAAGGUCAGGGUUCCAGGACCUACACUGAUCUGGUCUACCAGAUCUAUCUUCAGGAAUACGAUGCCUUGGUAGGGGAUGUAACAAUCAGAUUCGACAGAUCUUUGUACGUGGAUUUCACAUUGCCAUACACUGAAUCAGGGGUGUCAAUGAUCGUGCCGGUCAAAGACAACACAAACAAGAACGCUUGGAUUUUUUUAAGGCCACUGAGUAUGGAACUGUGGUUGGGGAGCUUUGCCUUCUUUGUCUUCACAGGCUUUGUUAUUUGGGUAAUGGAGCACAGGAUCAACAAGGAGUUCAGGGGUCCAUUUUUGCAUCAGCUUGGAACCAUCUUCUACUUCUCCUUCUCAACGCUUGUCUAUGCUCACAGUUGCAAAGCUUAUGAUCUAUAUAUUGCAGGGGAGAAGGUGCAGAACAUCUUAUCCAAGUUUGUGGUAAUCAUAUGGUUGUUUGUUGUGCUGGUCCUUACAUCAAGUUACACUGCUAGCUUAGCAUCAAUGCUUACCGUACAACAGCUUCAGCCAACUAUAACUGAUGUACAAGAUCUCCUUAAGAAUGGAGACUAUGUCGGCUUUAAUAGGAAUUCCUUUGUUAAGGAUCUCUUGAUGCAACUCCACUUUGAUGAAUCGAAGAUCAGGGCCUAUGACACCCCUGAAGAAUAUGUUGAGGCCCUCUCCAAAGGAAGCAAGAAUGGUGGUGUCGCUGCAAUUGUCCACGAAGUUCCCUAUAUCAAGCAAUUUCUUGCACAACAUUGCACUGGUUACACCAUGAUCGGACCAAUUUAUAAGACUGCAGGGUUUGGAUUUGUUUUUCCUAAAGGGUCCCCUCUAGUCCCUGAUAUCUCAAGGGGAAUACUAAAUGUAACCGAUGGAGAUGAUAUACUAGAGAUUGAGAAGAAGUGGUUUGGGGAUCAAAAUGCUUGUCUAAAUCAAGGAAGUACUAUCAGCUCUAACAGCCUCACCUUUCAUAGCUUCUGGGGGCUAUUUCUCAUCACUGGAGUUGCUUCAACUUGUGCCCUCACUAUAUUCUUAGCCAUGUUCUUCAACAAAAACUGGCAUGAAAUGAGAAACAUCGAUCACGAUAAGUCCAUUUCACGAAGGCUCAUAUCCUGUUUAAAAUAUUACGACAAGAAAGAUGAAAAUUCUUACACUUUCAGGAGAGAGAAGACAAAUGACACCAACAGUGAUGCCAAUGUGAACUGCCAAGGCAUUACCGACAUUGAAGCCUCACUCAAUGGUGAUGAUUCACAGAAUCAAUUAAGCAUUUCAAACUAUUCAGAUGGGAAUUCCUCCCAACAAGAAGAAAAAAGCUCCUCCCCAGAGCUUGCAGGUCCAAGCGGAGAAGCUUAA